ACAGUGGCGGAGUUCGUUAAUACCACACGAUAACAUACAAAUCUCUAAAAUAAUUCAAAUAAAAAUGACAGCCAUACAUCUUGCGCUAAAUUGUAUUUGUGUGUGCUCACUCACUCACUCCGUCUUUUUGUUUCUUUAAAAAGAAAAUACUACAUAUAAAUUUGCUUCGGCACGAGAACAGUGUAAAUUUAGUCAUUUUGUUAUAGUAAAUAGUUUUUAUCAAAAGUUUAUAUUUACAUGCGAUUCGACGUUUAACUACAAAAAAAAAAUCAAUCGAUACAAAAAGAAUAGAAUCGGAAUCGAAAAAAGGGGAUAAGUGUGUUCGAGCCAGAAGAAAAGAGGAAAAAUUAUGUGCAGUUUUAGCCAACGUGAUCGAAUUGUGUGAAAGAAGAAAAAGUGUUUUUUUUUUCUUAAAGAGAGUCAACGAAAGGGAGACUUGAAGUGAGGCAAGCGAAUAAAGUCUCUGCCCGAAAGGAAAAAAAAGAAGCGAGUGUUUCCCGUGUAUUAAUGUCGCAUAGAAUGUUAUGGUGCGAACAAUCAUUAAUCUACAAUGUCUGAACCGAAACGUGUAACUUUUGAGACAAUAUCAUCGGGUAGCUCCAAAAAUUUGGCGGCCGAUGCAUCAGCGAAAAAUGAGAAAACAAUGCGAAUCGAAUUGAAACUAUUUGAGCCAAAUGCCAAUAAAUAUCCAUUGUUCAACUUUAAAACACUGUGUCAAGCGGAAAAGUUGAAGGAAAAACAAAAAGUUCCACUCCCAAAUGGUUUUGCCGACCCACUGGAAGAGGUUGAUCACGAUGCCGAAAAAUUAGCCCAAGAAUUUGAACGAAAAUAUGGAAAUGGUUAUGAUGAAAACAACGGAUUCAUCGAUGAUUCAGAAGCGUUUGAUGAAGUGAUACCUGAUGAAAUGGAUACGGAUCGAGGUGGAUUUUACAUAAAUUCGGGUCCGUUACAAUUCAAGAAACUGAAUUUCUCAAACAAAGCGUCAAAACGGGCAUUGCCACUUAGCAGUGAUGAUGAGAGUGACAGUAGUGAAAAUUCGGUUAUGCUGGAAAAUGGUAACGCGACCAAAAAGCCAAAAAUCGUUGAAAAAGACCAAAUCGUGUCGACGAAUAAGGAAAAGAAUAAUGAUUUGGCGAAAAAGGACAAACCGCCGAUCAGUGUAAAUGCUGGCGAAACGAUCAAAGAUCAAUCCGCUGGAAAUAAAGAGACCACGGUUAUGAAUAUGCUACGACAAAAACGAGAUGCAAGUAUUCGAGAAGGAAAGAUAUCUAGUCAUAGUAACAAAGGAUCAAAGUCAACGAGCUCAGCCACAUCAGACGAUUCGUCGAGCAGUGAGUCCGAUUCAAGUGAAUCAAGCUCCGAUGCCGAUCCAAGCCGUCACAGUGAUGAGGAUGACUUUGAAAGUGUUAAAAAUAACGGCGCCGAAAAUAAAGCAAUAGACAAUGCACCCGUACCCGUAUCCGUACCCGCACCCGCACCAAGUGUUAUUUCGAAUAAAAUUCAGAUCAACGGCACAUCUACAACAUCAUCAACGUCAACCAAUAACAUUCCGCAAGAGCCUGAUAUCACAUUUUUCGAGCAUUUGAGCACCAAUGAACGUGAUUCAAUCAGAAGACUCAUUGACUAUUCAAAGAAUCUGAAAGAGAAUUUUAUCCAACCCGAAACGCUGGAUUUGCUUUAUGAGAUCAUUAAAGCGCAUCAAAGUGACUCGAAGAUACAUAAUCAAAUUUUCACCUACUUGGAACAUUUGACGCCAUGCACAAAGCAACAAAUGAUGAACGAAGUAAAAGACUAUGCCAUUAAGAAGAGUGAAAUGGAUGUGCGAACACAGGAACGAAUUUUACAAAAGGAAAUCAAUCAAAUCAUGCCCGCUGUCAAAGAGAGAUUCGAUCAAGAAAUGAAGAGAGUGGAAGAACAACGUGCCGCUCAUCAAGGAUCCGAAAAACCCGAACACACAUUCAGAAAUCCACGCCGAAAAUUCCACUGGAAUGAUAGUUUGAAAUUGAGUGUGAAUAAACUGAUCACAAAGUGGCAAUCGUUAUAUGCACAGAAGCAAAUACGAGAUCAAACGCUUGAACAGUAUACAACGUCGUAUAUUACGGAUAAGCUAGUACCAAUGUGGCCUGAUGGUUGGAUGAAAUUAAAUGAUAUUCAAUCUCAUUGCAUGCCGAAGCCAAAGGUGAAGGAAUCCAAGAAGCCUGCAAACGAAGUGAAAACAUCGAAACCGUUACAGCCAACAGCAGCUAGUGCACAACCAUCGUUGCCUAUUUCGGACAAUAUGAUUGUACACACGACGGAAAAGAAAAAGUCACACAAAGAUCCAACAAAACUCAUCAAAAAUGCCAACGAAAAGCCAACUAUACCUAAGACUGAUAAGAAACAUCCACAACAUGCGCUCAGCGCAUCGGAUCGAUCGAUUAUAUCACCCCUACUGCCAAUGCACAUAAGUGAUGCAUUCAUUACGAAAUCAGCGGUCACUAAACCAUCAUUAGACACGCUGCUGUCGAGUUCAAGUGCAUCGAUAAGUACAAAACCGAAGUCAAUUUCCAGCAGCAAUGGAAAUGCAACUAAUUACGUUCGGCAAUCGGAUACGAAUUUGUCGCUCGAAUAUGUGUCACCGACGAAGAAAGCAUCCGAUCACAGCAUUCAGCAGCUGAUGUCAUCAUCGACAUCCAAUCAUUCCGCUUAUGUCUCAACGAUCAAGCAUCAAUCACAAUUAUUGGGCCACUCGUCCUAUGCGGAAAAUCCCACGACAUCAGCGCAUUCAGUAUCGAACAAGAGUACACAGGGUUCCAGUUCAAAGUCGAAAUUCGACGGUCCACAUCGACCACAAUCCACCGCAAAUGGCUCAAACAACAAUAGUUUCCUUCAUAAUAACAAUAAUAACAAGGCGAUUGGCGUUCAGCGUCCGCUGCCAGUGGACACCAUAGAUUUGUGUGAUACAGAUGAGGGCGAACCGAUGGCGAAAAAGUCCAAACCGCACAAGCCCAAGAAAGACCACAACAAAAAGAGCAAAGAAGGUGAACAACGAAACAGCGUACCUCUGCCGAAUACCGUUCAAAUGCUCAACCAAUUGCAUCAGCCGACGGCAUCGUUAGGCGCAAACGCUUCGAUCAGCGAUGAAGUCGACCACAAUCAAAUUAUACACGAUCUGAAGGAAUUAUCAGCUUCAAAUAGCUCUCGUAAAAGUUAUGAUUCAAUUUUAGAAAAUCAGUCCGAAUUUAAGCAACAUUACAACCACUAUAGAGUUUCGUCUCCACCGUACGAUCGAAAACAAGAUCAUUUUUUCUGAAAUACGGUAAAAAUCCAUUCUUAAGUAAACGGGUUUGAUUUGGUUCGCUUUAGAAACUGGCUCGCGUUAAUUGGCUUGAACAAAGAGAGAGAGAGAGUGAGAAAAAGAAAUUGAGAGGAGACUGAGGAAGCAAAAGAUAGUGAAAGAAAAAAAACAGUAGCAAAAAAAAAAUUCCAUCAGGCUCUUGUACAAAUUACAGAUGAAAAAAAAAACAAAUGUCGUUUCUAAAUGGCGAAGCGAAAAGAAUUUUUUUUCCAAGAAAAUCGUUAAAGUGCUGUUUAGGAACACACUGAGAACGAAAAGAGCAAAGACAUUGCGAAAGCUGCAACAUCUAAUGUAAAAAUACGCUUUUUCAACCACAACAAAACAAAAUCUCCACAAUCACAGAAGAAAACAAAAAUCAUCAGAACAGAAUUUACUAUUGAGUUAUUUUGAUAUAUAUUUGUCUUACUUACGUUACAUGAACAGUCCUUAACAUUUACUCUGUACUCAAAAAAUGCUCUACGUUAGUAUAAUUUUCUUUGUUUUGUAAUCAUCGUCAUUCACUUAAUGCUAAGAAAUUAUGGAAAUUUUAUAUAUAUAUAUUUUUGUUUGUUCUAGAGUAAAUGAAACGUUAGAAGAAGCAGAGCUAAAAAAAUUGAUGAUUUUGUUCUCUUGAGAAAAUGUUAAGCGAAUGGAAGAAAGAAAGUUUGUAUUUAUUAUUUAUGAUUUAAGUGAUGGAAGGAAAAAACAAUAUUGUCCGGUUUUUAUGUAAUGUUCAGACGCGAAGCAAAAAAAAACCGAUUCAUCAAAAGUGAAGGAAACGAAAAUCCAUCUGCAGAAUGAUAUGUAAAUGUACGAGAAACUGUAAAGAAAUAGAUGUAAUUAAAUGAAAUAUAAAA